UUGUGGUUACGAUUCAAUCCAACGGCUUUGGUCGAAGAUAUCGGACGCAUUUUUUUACGCUCCCGAUUUUUUGCAAACUUUACUGCAUUUAGCAGAGAAAUGGCGACGAUGAUGCACGGCAACAAAGAUAAGAGGAAGUUUGCUGAUCCAGACGAGACAACCCUCAGAACCAGAGCAUCGCCAUCUUUGGCGUCUCACAAGAUAUUGGAUGGUCCAGAGGGGAACUCACAGGGAACCAGAAAACCCCCGCUCUGCGCCCCUGAUGAGGUAGUGCCCAUAAAGAGAAAGAGAUCCUGGCGAUACAACCGUGUCUGGACAAAAGACCAGAAGUGGACACGAGAGGGACUCGAUACCAGCGUACAACAGAGGGUGCCACCCCCCUCCAACAAGGAUCAACCCACCACACGGAAAGGUGAUGAAUCAGGCAAGGACUUGUCAGAGACCGGAAACUCACCAUCCCGGGAAACUGACGAGGUCGUACCCAAACGGAGGAGGAUAACCUGGAGGUACAACCGAGUCUGGCGGAGGGACCAGAAAUGGACAAGAGAGGAGCAGACCCAGCAGCCGAGGGUACCACCCACCACCCAGGUGACCAAUGACGGACCCACGAAGGUGCCACCUGUCCCAGAACCCAAACAGGAGCAGACCCAGCAGCCAAGGGUACCACCCACCACCCAGAUGACCAGUGACGGACCCACCAAGGUGCCACCUGUCCCAGAACCCAAACAGCCUGAGCCCCCGAAGUUCCUGAGGACCUACUGGAGAACCAACCGGGUGUGGAGACGGGACAUGGUGUGGACCAGAAAGGUAAACAGGGUACAACUGUUCUCUGUCAUAUUGGUAACAAUUUAUCAGGCUAGCUAUACAGUCCAAAUGUGGCAGUAUUAUACCCACAAUUCUCUGCAACACCAGACCAUUCGUCAUGUAUUGCUGAUCGACCAUCACUUUUGCACAUGGAGUAAUUUCUGAGCAGCAAGUUUGAGUCUGUUUUCGACCUCAAGCUGUUUGAACAUUUCGAAAUUCGGGACAUGGAAAGCAGACUGUGUGUUUUGACUGGUUGGAGUAAGAUCACAGAGGGGAUCCAAGAGGGCUUGUUCAGGUACCAUAUUAUGCAAGGUCCAGCUCCACAGCCCUAGAAGAACUAAUUUAGUGGACAGGAGAGACAAUCAUAUUAGCUUUGUAUCAUGGAACCCAGGAGGUCAACUGUGCAGUGGUACUGAGGCAGGACUAGGUUGAGGCAUGCCAUAUACUGAACUAAUGUGCAUUUAGCUAUAAAAUCAAAUACACUUUGUGAAAAA